AUGACUGAAAAGAAUGUGGUAGAGAUGAGGUGUAAAGGUGUAAAGGUGUAUGAAGACGUGAAGGAAGACCCGUCUUCGCUUGGGUGGUGGGGAGAUGAGGCGAUUAAAUACACUUAUUUGAGCUACCGAAGUCGAUUGUUCGAAAUUCCUUGCAUCGCGGAGAAGAUUUCAUUCAGUUUGUCCGCAGAUAGACUUGCCGAUAGCUGCGAUUUCGAUACACGAGUGAAUGACUGA